AUCGAUGACCGAGACUGCUAUAAAUAGCCAGGAACCUUGCACACUGCAAAUCAUAUUUCCAUCGCCAAACCCUCCAAUAGCAGCCAGCAGCUGAAAGAUAUCCAUAGCUGCCGGCCGGCCGACGCCUGCAUUGCGCCAUGGUGAGGAUGAGAGCACUGACGGUACUGGCAGUGAUCUUCUUGGGCAGCGGUCUGCUUGUCUCAGCCGGGGGGCGCGAUGAGAUGCCCCUGGUGCCGGCGGUGUACGUUUUCGGCGACUCGACGAUGGACGUGGGGAACAACCAGUACCUGGAGAACGGCGUGCCGCCGCGGCUUCCCUACGGCAUCGACUUCCCGGGCUCCGUGCCCACCGGAAGGGCCAGCAACGGAUACGUCAUGUCCGACUCCGUCGCGAGGCUUUUGGGUUUCAACAUGAGCCCGCCGGCUUACCUGUCGCUGACGCCAGAAACAAGCCAUCAGAUCCUCCGAGGUUACGGCGGGGUCAACUACGCUUCCGGUGGCUCCGGCAUUCUCGACCGCACCAACACCACCACCCAAUACAUCAUCCCCUUGAGCCAGCAGGUGGAGUACUUUGCUUCCACCAAAUCAAAGAUGGCCCAGCACAACCCCGAAGAGAUCGACAGCCUGCUCGCCAAGUCGCUCUUCCUCAUCAGCGCCGGCGGCAAUGACCUGCUCGCAUUCCUUUGGUCGAACAGGACGAGCACGCGGCUCUUGUACGAGGCCAUGCUGUCCAGUUACGAGCGGCAAGUGUACAGGCUCUACGGGUUGGGAGCGAGGCGGUUCGCUCUCAUCAACGUGCCGGCCAUCGGCUGCCUGCCGUUGAUCAGGAACACCACGGACACCGGCGAGUCCGAGUGCGUCCAUGACGACAACUUGCUCGCCAAUGGCUUCAACAAAGCUCUGCGAACGCGGAUGGCUGACCUCGCCCGGUCGCUGCUGCCGGAGAUGAGUUUCUCCGUGGGGAACUCCUUCAACCUGGUGAUCGUCUUCACGGGGAACCCCGACAACGGGUUCACGGAGGUGGCCAGCGCGUGCUGCGGCGGCGGGCGGCUCGGCGUGGGGAUCGGGUGCCUGCACCCCGACGCGACGUACUGCGAUGACCGCGACCAACACAUCUACUGGGACGCUGUGCACAGCACCCAGGCCACUGCCAACAAGGCCGCCCAUGCCAUGUUUUCCUUGCCGGUUUGGCAGGGGUUCUCCUGGCCCGUCAACUUCCGGCAGCUGGUCUCUCCUUCCGUGACAGAUGCAGCUGCAUAGUUCUUGAUUAUCAGCUGCCUGUUUCGUUACGAGCGUUUCACCGUUUACUUUUCGAAUAAUUCGCAGUGAUCUUCUAGCAGCUUUUUGUUUUUAUCGGUUAGCUCGUUUAAUCUGUUUCCCUUGAAUUAUCCUUUGUUAAACCACGAGCCGCGGUUGUUGUGCGUGCCGUGUCGUUAGGAUCUUGCAUAAAAUAAAAUAAGAAUAAGCAGAAAAGCUGCGAAGGUUUACGCUGCACAAAAACAACCG